AUGAGUUCAUUUAACUCCCAACUUGACGAUUCCUACAAGCGCAAAGAUACAAUCGAGUCUUCCUGAAACAAACUAUACCUAUUUGCAAUGAAUAUAAAGAUUCAUGCUAGUUAGCCUUUAUCCUAUUUCAUAUAUGAAAUAGGGAUAUCUUUUGCCAGUAAGUAUGCUUAUAUUCAUUAUAAUUAGUAUAGAAAAUAUUUUCUCAACCCGAGGCACCGACCACUCUUUUUCCCGUCAAUCUCGACCAAAAAGUACAGACAUCUCUAAACGUCGAAAAAUUCCCUACUUUGUAUCAGAUUUUAACACCAAAAGCACAAGCCGAUCUGGCAACCAAUCUCCUUUCGGACGAAGAAUGAAAACAACUGAAACACGAGAUACCCCACCCUGUCGCCCUUCAACUGUUUCUAUAUCUUCUCUAUAUCCACGCGCUUUUAGUUCUCCAGAAAAAUUCUCAACGACUGGGCUCACAACUUUUCAACUGCACCGCAUUUAUGAAGCAAAAUGCCACGAUCUCCAUAUACCGGUAUUAUUGGACCAGGAAAGGAACUUUUUUAGCUUUUGCUCAAAGCAUUUUAUGAAUAGAAAGUUUGAACUGAAUGAGUCUGGGAUAGGAAUUGAGGCUGCUAAAGCUAUUGGAGAGGUUUUGGCUCACAAUAGUAAUUUUGCAUACUUAGAACUGCAGAAAAAUAUGAUGGGUGAUGAGGGAGUGGUUGCUUUAGCGAAAAUGCUGUGUAAGAAUAUAGAAGUUUCCUAUGUUUGGCGCUGUAAGGCCGAUAAAUUCUGAUCGGAAUUUAUCGGUUGGUUGCACCAAAUCAAUGCCUUGGCCGGACCAAAAAGCGAUUUGGUCCGACGAACUUGGAAAGCUCCUGGGAAAAUGUCUGCACUUUCAGCGCUAUAUAGAGGAAACCUCUAUAUGUAUUUGGUGCAUUUAGAUGUGAGCAGUAACGAUAUAACUCCUGAAGGAGCAGCUAUGAUUAUUACUAUAGCAGCAAGCCAUCCUAGUCUUGUGAGCUUGAACUUGUCUUCACAUGAAGGACUGCAUAGAAAUAGGUUGGGAGUCCCAGGAGCAAUUGCAAUUCAAAAAGCUUUGCAGACUAAUAGCACUCUUGGGUUUAUCAAUAUAAGUGGAACUUCUAUAGGAAAUGAUGGGGUAUCUUACAUUAUUGAAGGAUUAAAAGGAAAUCAUUCUCUAGUUUCCUUAAAUCUUUCUAAUAAUGGAUUAGGAACCGAGUGCUUACUCUCCCCCUAACAAAAAAAAUUUUGUUCGCUAAUGGAGGCUAUUUUUUUUAGAAAAUUUAUAUUUAAUUUUUAUAGUAAAUUAUUUUUUCAAAAUUUAAUCGAAAGCAAAUAUUAAUUAAAUUUGUAAAAUUUAUGUUUAAAAUACAGCUAAUUAAAUUAUUAGUGAGAGAUUUCAUCAUAAUAAUUAUCACUCAUAUAUAAAAAUAUUUUUUUUCAUAAAAAUUUUUUUAGGCAAAAAAUAGUGAUUUUUCCAGUGGCUUUGUUCGCUAACAGACGGAGAGAGUUAGAAGAACUUUCUUUGUCUAUAGUGUCCUCUUCUUUAAGAUCUCUAGGCUUAUCUCAAAACAAACUCGGAUACGAUGGGUGCGAGUUAUUUGCGAAUUUGCUUGCAGGAGGAUAUGAUGGAAGCUGCCCACUGGAAAGUUUAGAUUUAUCAAAAAACGAAAUCACAACGAAAGGAUUAUUAAGACUAUUUGCAGCGUUAAGAGGAAAUACACAGCUACGGUCCUUGAAUUUAGAAAAGAAUCAGUUUUCCUCAGGGCUUUCUUCAUCUUGUCAACAGUUUUUAGCUGAUAAUACUCAAUUGAAUUCUCUAAAUCUAUCAGGUUGUGAGCUUAGAUCAGAAGGAAUCAAUAUGCUGUGUGAUGGGCUUGCAAAAAAUCAUGGGCUAAAAGUAUUGAAUUUAAGCUUAAAUGAAAUUGAUGAUGUUGGGACUGAACUUAUAGCGAAUGGAUUAGCAAGAAACCAGACCCUGAAGAUACUAGAUUUAAGUGGAAAUAGAAUAAAAAACAGAGGAGGCGUUGCACUAGCAAAUGCUUUUAAAAUUAAUCAAACGCUUGAAGAACUGAAUUUGAAGGAAAAUAAUAUAAAAGAUAUUGCAGGGCAGCUUCUUAGCGAAGUAUCAAGAUAUAAUUCAAACAUUUUGAGGCUAAAUCUAGAUAUGAACCCAAUCAAUUUUAAAUAUUUGAACGAUGUUAAGCAGAAUUUAAGACAUAAUAAAAGGCUCCACCAAAAGAGUUUGGUCCCUAAGCUUAAGGAAAAGCUUGACAAUUUACAGUUUGAUGAAGGGGUCAUUGAUGAAAUUAAAGGAAAAAUUGAAUCAAAAAAACGCGAAAAAGAUGAAAUGCAAAAUAAACUUUUAAAAAUAAAUGAAAAAUAUGAAGAAGUAAAAUACGCAGAAAAUCAAAGAUUUCUUGAGCUAUCAGACGAGCUACAAAAAUACAGAGAUGUGAAUAUCGAGCUCAGCAAAAGCUUGGAUUGUUUCCAUUUACUCUCGACUUUUGCAAGCAAAAACAAUUGUGAAAGCUCUGCUUUUUUGAGAAUUAAUGCCUCCUGUGUAAUGUCCAAAUAUAAAAAAAUUUAUUAAAAAUAUUUUUUCUAUGAUAAAUAAUUAUUAUAAUUAAGCAUCCACUAAUCCAAUUAAAUUUUAGAUGCUUAUAUUUUUAUUAAUGAAAUUAUUAAGUUUUUAUUUUCUAUAUUCAAAUUGGGAUUUUUAACAAAAAUUUACUAUAAAAUUUAAAAAAUAAUCCUCUCGGUGUGAGCUGACGAGAUAUGAGCUGGAGAGCUAGAAAUAAAUGUAAAAAUUAUAUAGAAAGAAAAAAUGCAUGGCGAUAAGCAAGUUAAUGAAUGGGGAGAUAAAAUUGCAAAUGAAGUUGCAGCUUAUAAACUGAUGGAAAAAGAAAGUAAAUUUUAUAUAGAAAUGCAUAUAAAAGAAGAGCUUAGCUUGAAAAGAGGUCAAGUGCAAGUGACUGUAGAUAAUUUCAGAGAAGCACUUGAGAGGGAAGAAACUGCAAAAAGAAAUGCAGAGAGUACAUUAAGCUAUAUAAAGAAAAAGCUUGAAGAGAAAAAACAGACAUUAAAUGAUAUUAAAUAUCCAAAAGCCCCUGUAAGAGAACCUAAGACUUUCUUAGCAAGUGAAAAGCUAGCUUCAGCCAAGAAGCAGGUCAAUCAAAGUAUUGCAAUCGAAUCUAGGAAUAUUGAGUCAAAAAGCCCUUCUCCAGCUAAACUUAGAAGAGCUAAAAGCUCAGGCAGAUCUUAA